UACAUAAAUCCUGCUUCUGUUGUCAAAGACAUACUUCUCUCCUAUAAUCCAGUCUGUCUUUCCUCUCAAGAAAUCAACGCAGAUCUUCAGAUCCCUGUCUUCAUCAUCGUCACCUUAACCAAAUCGAAGAUGGUUGAGCUAAAGCAGAAACAGGCAGAGUUUGUCAAAGUUGAGGAGCUUCUUCCCCAAGCUGAAGGGUUUAGCAUCAUAGUUAAGGUUGUUAGCUCCAAGGUUGUAGUAACAAAGGGCCGUGGUGAUGGAAACUUUGGUCGCCAGUCGCGUAUGGCUGAAUGCUUAGUCGGGGAUGAGACAGGAGUCAUCAUCUUCACUGCCAGGAAUGACCAAGUGGACUUGAUGAAAGAGGGUGCAACAGUGAUCCUGAGGAAUGCGAAGGUUGACAUUUUCAAGGCGUCGAUGAGGCUGGCAGUUGACAGGUCUGGGCGUGUUGAAGUGGCUGAUUCUGCUGAUUUCACUGUGAAGGAAGAUAGCAACUUGUCACUCAUCGAGUUUGAACGUGUGGAUGUUGUGGUUUAAUAGUAUAAACAAACAAGACUGCACUAGUGACUGCAACUUUUCUUUUUUUGGUUGAGUUCAUUUAGAAACAUUGCAUCUCCUGCUCAAAUAAUAUAUUUUCGCCAUUUAGGCUUGGACUUAUAUUGAUUAUCUUGUUGUUG